AUGGGGCCCGCUCAAUUUCAGAUAGGCUGCCAAGUUAUGCACUUUUCCAGUGUCUAUAAUGUUUUACUCGGGCGGCCGUGGAUUCAUAGCUCUGGCGCUGUGCCCUUUUCCUUGUAUCAAGUAUUGAAAUUUGUGGUGAACGACCAGCUGUUAACCAUUUUUACUGAAGAAAAUUACAUUGUAAUUGCCGAUUCCGAGCCUAAGGAAAAUGGUAACCGAAAUGCUUCAGUGUCUUCUUACCGUACAACUGACAUUGUCUCUGUGAGUUGGAUAACAAGUGAGGCUUUAAAAGACGAAAUGGUUUUGCCAGCGGCCAAUGUUAUGAUGGCCAAGGAAAUGAUUCGCGGAGGAUAUGAAUUUGAUAAGGGAUUGGGGUGCAAUCUACAAGGCAUUCUGAAACCCGUGGAACUCAUCGAAAAGAAGGACUUAUUUGGUUUGGGAUUCCGUCCGACUGCCAGAGAUAUAAAAGAGAUGAAAGCACGCAAGAAGGCCGAAAAGGAAGGCAAGUUAGGUGUUUUAGACAUUCCACCACUACGCUAUACCUUUCCAAAGCCGGCUGAAGAAAUUACAUCUGAGUUUAGCCCAAUUUACGAUGUGGAGACAAGCCUGACUCAUUUGUUUGUGGGAGCAAUAUCCGAAGAUUGUCCGUCAGAUGAUGCCGAAUUCCCAGACAUUCCCCAAGGAGCUAUACACAACUGGACCGCCGAGUGCUUUCCCGUGCAAAAGGAGUUUCGAUGGCCGAAAAUAAAAUUAUUUGACCCUAUGGAUAUCACUGUUCUGGAACCCAAUGAUGACAAUCUCUAUAUCACUCACGACUUGGAAAUUAUGCAAUAUGAAUUGCAAGACGAGAGUGAUAAUGAGGAGUCUUAUGACGAUAUGACUGGCAUUUCGACCGAUAUAGUGGUACACAGAUUACCUACAGACCCAACUUUCCCACCAGUGAAGCAAAGGCCCCGUAAAUUCAAACCAGACACGAGCCUCAAAAUAAAAGAGCAAAUUGAAAAGCAGCUUAAGACUAAUAUUAUCAUUGUAUCUCAUUAUCCUGUUUGGCUCUCAAAUUCAGUCCCUGUUCUGGAGAAGAAUGGAGAAGUACGAGUCUGUGUUGAUUAUAGGGACCUUAAUAAAGCCAGUCCGAAAGAUGACUUUCCUUUGCCAAAUAUUCACAUUAUUCUAGACAACACUGCUGGACACGAAAUUGAAUCUUUUUGUUAUUGUUUCGCUGGAUAUCAUCAGAUCUUAAUGGCCGAAGAAGAUAGGGAAAAAACUGCUUUUAUCACCCCUUGGGGCACAUUCUGCUAUCGAGUAAUGCCGUUUGGUUUAAAGAAUGUUGGAGCUACUUAUCAAAGGACCAUGACUACCUUGUUUCAUGAUAUGAUCCACCAGGAGAUGGAGGUUUAUGUGGAUGACAUUAUAAUCAAAUCCAGAAAAACAGAGGACCAUUUGAUUGAUCUAAAAAAGUUGUUUGACAGGUUGCGGAAGUACAAUUUGAAGCUAAAUCCUGCGAAAUGUGCCUUGGGAGCACCAGCUGGUAAACUGUUGGGAUUCAUUGUCAGUAAAAAGAGCAUAGAGAUAGACCCGACAAAGAUCAAGGCAAUUCGAGACAUGCCAGUGCCAAAAACGCAGAAAGAUGCGAAAAGUUUCUUGGAAAAAAUUAAUUUCAUUGGAAGAUUCAUUGCCCAAUUAACCGCUACGUGCGAGCCACUAUUCAAGUUGUUGAAAAAGAAUGUGCCAUUGCAUUGGAAUGAAGAGUGCCAACAAGCUUUUGACAAAAUUAAGGAUUAUUUGCUGCACCAUCCGAUCCUAGUGCCAUCUAAGCCGGGCCGGCCUUUGAUCAUGUACUUAUCCAUGCUCGACGGAGCAGUAGGUUGUGUUCUGGGGCAACACGAUGAUUCCGGAAGGAAAGAGCAAGCCAUCUACUAUCUGAGCAAGAAAUUCACCCAGUAUGAGGUUUUACUUGUGGGUGCCGUAGAAGAUAUGAGCGAGCUGUGCCCUGAAUGGAGGUUGUUUUUCGAUGGUGCCGCUAAUUCUUUCGGAACUGGAAUAGGAGCAGUUCUCGUAUCUCCAGAAAGGAAGCAUUACCCUGGGGCUGCUAAAUUACAAUUUGCCUGCACAAACAAUAUGGUUGAGUAUAAAGCCUGUAAUUUUGGUCUUAAAAUGACUUUGGAAAUGGAAGUUAAAGAGUUGAUAGCUUUCAGUGAUUCAGAUUUACUUGUGCACCAAACGUUGAAGCAAUGGAUAACCAAAGAUUCCAAGAUCUUGCCAUACGAUUGUAAUUUGCUCACUCUGGCUAGACAAUUUCAAAGUUUGGAAUUCAGACAUCUCCCGCGAGCCCGAAAUGUAUUUGCCGAUGCUUUGGCCACUUUAUCUUUUAUGAUACAAUAUCCGGACGAACUAGGAAUCGAGCCUCUCCGAAUCCAACUCCAGGACAAGCCUGCUCAUUGUUGGGUCAUAGACAAAAUAUCUGGUAAAUGCCCGUGGUACAAUGAUAUUAAGGAAUUCAUCAAAAUCAGGUCUUAA